AUGGAGGGAUGCCAUGUUGCGCCAGACCAAGGCGCGCAAGUGCAAGGGCUGCAACGACACCAAGGGCAGCAACGCGACCAAGGGCUUUUUGGCGACGCACUAGACAGGCCCCACGCGCCGCCUUCGGGCAGUCAUGGGCAGGGAUACGGGCAGGGAUACGGGCCAGGUGGGCAAGGACAUGGAUAUGCUGGCAGGGCCGAGUGCGUGCAGCGUGUGCCGUCGGGCACGCACGUCCAAGGGCUAAGCAGCAGCUGGACAGGAUGCGCGGAAGCGGACGACUGGCGCCAGCGACUCCUGGAGCGGCCAACGUCGACAACGCCAGACGCCGCCAGCCCUGCAGCCGAAGGCACUGGCGUGCGGGAGUGA